GUCUGGUCUCAGGUCACAUGUUAGGGUUUUGGGCGGAGGGAGAGGACAGUUCUAGAGAUGGCGUCUCUGUUGCAGGCUGACCGAGUGCUAUAUCUCGUAAGCGGGGAGAAAAAGAUCCGCUCUCCGUUGUCGCAGCUUUACUAUUGCCGUUACUGCAGCGAGCUCCGCUCCCUGGAAUGUGUCUCUCACGAGGUCGAUUCCCAUUACUGUCCAAGCUGCUUAGAAAAUAUGCCAUCAGCUGAGGCCAAGCUGAAAAAGAACAGGUGUGCUAACUGCUUCGACUGCCCAUGCUGCAUGCACACCUUGUCCACACGUGCCACCAACAUCCCUUCACCCCUCCCUGAUGACCCUGCCAAGACCACCAUGAAGAAAGCCUACUACCUGGCCUGUGGCUUCUGCCGCUGGACCUCGCGUGAUGUUGGGAUGGCAGACAAAUCCGUGGCCAGUGGAGGUUGGCAGGAGCCUGAGAACCCUCACACCCAACGGAUUAACAAGCUGAUAGAGUAUUACCAGCAGCUUGCUCAGAGAGAGAAGGUGGAGCGGGACCGCAAGAAGCUUGCGCGGCGUCGCACCUACAUGCCACUGGCGUUUUCGCAACACACAAUUCAUGUGGUGGAAAAAUAUGGUCUGGGAACAAGACUUCAGCGUCAGAGGUCUGGAGCACCUAUAAGCGGUCUUGCAGGACUUUCACUGAAAGAGGGCGAGGAUCAGAAGGAGAUAAAGAUUGAACCAGUACAGGCACUUGAGGAGGUGGAGCCCUUACCUGAGGACUACUACACACGACCCAUUAACCUGCCAGAAGUCACCACGCUCCGGCAGCGCCUUCUGCAGCCAGAUUUCCAGCCAAUUGGUGCCUCCCAGCUGUACCCGAGACACAAGCACCUACUGAUCAAGCGUUCCCUGCGCUGCAGGAAAUGCGAGCACAACUUGAGCAAACCGGAAUUUAAUCCAACUUCCAUUAAAUUCAAAAUUCAGCUGGUGGCUUUGAAUUAUAUCCCUGAGGUGAGAAUCAUGUCUAUUCCAAAUCUGCGAUACUUGAAGGAGAGCCAGGUUCUCCUGACUUUGACCAACCCUGUCGAGAACAUCACGCAUGUGACCUUGCGCCCAUGUGAGGAGGGAGACCAGGAUGAUCUGAACAGCACUGCUACGGUUGCAGUGUCUCCUAAAGAGCUGCUCUUGGCUGGCAAGGAUGCUGCAGCAGAAUAUGAUGAGCUGGCAGAACCACAAGACUUCCAAGAUGACCCAGAUGUCGUUGCCUUUAGGAAGUCCAACAAAAUCGGGAUUUUCAUCAAGGUGACCCCGCAGUGCGAGGAGGGAGAGGUGACACUGUCCUUUAAAAUGCGACAUGACUUCAGGAACCUGGCGGUGCCCAUCCGUCCCAUUGAAGAGGGGGAGCAGGGAAACGAGCCCAUCUGGCUGACCCACCAUGUGGAGCUGAGCCUGGGGCCACUGGCACCUUGAACUGGGACAUCGAGAGGCAGACUGGAGGUCGUUCACAAUGGGCUGGGAGCAGGGGUCUAGCCAGGACCUCAGAGAAGCUUUUUCCCUUCAUAACCCUUAAAAUAAACUGCAGUAACAAAAAGACUGCACUGUCUCUUAAUGUAAGCUAGCCUCUAUUCAAAGCAGUGAAAAGCUAUCCAAAACAACUGUAGGAAAACCUGUUGGUGGUUGUAUUUGCAAGUUGAUCUGUAGAUUGUCUGACAUUUUAUAUUGUUGGACAUUUAGCUUGGUGAUAUUGAAGUAAUUGGACACAGUCAAUAGGAUUACAGUUGCAGAGUCAUUUCUGAUACUUCACAGUUUAGCCCUGAUUUUUAUUCUACACUUUGCAGAGCUAAUUUUAGUGUCUGUGUUGGGCAUGAAAGUUCUGAUGUCUGUGUGUAACUCUAGUGCAGUGCAUUGUUAGUAAGGCUACCAAACUGAAUGCACUUUAUUACAGGACAAAACCUGGUUUUAUUUAUAUAAACAGUUUGUGUGUUGCACUGAAGUCCUGUACAGGCAACAUGUACAAAUAAUGACCUCUACUUAAUGAAGCUACUUAAAACUUAGUAAUACACGGAAAGGGUAACACAUAAUUAUCUAAUUCUGGGGAGGUGUGGUCUUUUUAAAGUGGUUUAUUUGUAAAGGCGAUUUUUAUGGUUUGCAUAUAAAACAGGUUUAACUGUAAGCAAUACAGUAUGUAUAGCUUUAAUAAGUACCCAUAGUCUUCAAUUCUUGUUUAAAAACAGCAAGCAAAAUUUAAAUAGAACCGUUGUGAAAAGGAUCAUAUGGAAUGUGGUGGUUAGGUUAAAAAGCAAUUUAUAUUUUUAUUUAUUGCCAAAGUCUGCCCAGGAACCAGAAUACAUGUUUUCUGUGGCUAGAUAUAAAUACUUUACUUGCAUUGUGGUUGCUGGUAACCUAAGUGUCUUCGCUCUGGGUAUUUUAGUGGCCGAGGCUAUCUUAGGGAGCCAUAGUGGAUGCAUGGAGUAAACAGCAAGGGGCAAUAUGUUUUCUUUUAACCCUUCAUUUUCUCAGACAUACUAUUGUCCGAUAGUAUAUUGAUAUCUUUUAGUAAACUGUAAAAGACAGCAUUUGAGAUGUAGCGGUCGGUAGUAAUGCUGGUUUUUGGACGCUCUGCCCUUCUUGUUUCAGCAGUUUUGUAAUCGGGUUGGGGGCAAAAGAAACAAAUCGCCUCCUUUUCAGGUUUUUGGUAAAGUACUGUGUUGGCCCUUGAAAAAAUGAACGAAGAUUUUGCAAAUAUCUUAAUAUCUUUACCCCCCCACCGCGCCCUUUUAAAUAACAUUCAGAUACUUCCAAACGAAUUUCUAAAGCUCUGAAGGCAACACUAAGAGCAGUGGCAGAUCGCUAGAACUUCAGGACUCCUCGGGCACAGCAUGAGAUUGUCAAGGUCACUGCUGUUACAGUACUUCACUGCCCUUGACUGACGGCUCUACCCGUUCUGCUAAUGUACUGGUGGAGCACCCUUAACACUUCUGUGUCUGUUUUAAGGGGACCGCUUUGUUACAGCUUAAGGUUUUAGGAUCUUCACAUCUACAGCAUGCUUAUCCACAAUUAUUUAUUCAGUAUAGUGUUAAAGACCUUGUCUGCAUGUGUACACAACCGUUAUAUUACAUUUAAAACAUUGCUUUUAUCAUGUUUCCUGGAAUUCCUUUUUCUAGUGUUUUUUUUUUUUUCGUUGUCCUAGUCUUCAUUCCAGACAACAGGAAACCUGUAAAUAUAAAUACAAGGAAAAUUGUGAUAGCACAGGUUUGAAGUCUUUUUUUUUUUUUCCCAUCCAUACACUCUGUUCCUGUAUGUCAUGGUAACCUGUAUACAACACCAGCUUUCUGCUUUGUGUUGAAAUGGCAUCUAAUAGUUUGAUGUAAAAUCCUUUUAUUAAUUCAUAACUGUAGUUAACAUUUUAUUUGUCACGCUGAUCUUCUGCUAUGAAAUAAACUGAGCAUCAAUAAAUAUGAAAAUGUGGA